AUGUCUCUCAUCUGUGGCGAAAGGGAAGAAAAGGCCUUCCAUCGGCUUUGUAGGCAGUAUGUAUACACUACUGCUCUCAAAGUACGACCUAAUUGUGAAUUAGUGCAUGAUCCAUUAGCAUUCGCCGCUCAAUGUGGAUACGUGCCAGCAAUCAAGUUUAUGAUAAGCCGAAGGGUCAAGGUUGAGACACGUGACAAGCAUGGGCGGACGCCAUUAUUACUAGCCGCUGAUGGCGGACACGAUACAGCAAUUCAGGUGCUCUUGGAUAAAGGAGCGAACUUCGAGUCCAGGGACAAGUCAGAGCGCACUCCGCUAGCCCGAGCUGCCCGGGCAGGCCAUGUUCUAGCGGUCCGGGAGCUGUUGAAUAAAGGAGCGACCACGGAGACGAAAGAUAUAUGGGGAUAUACCCCACUGACCCGGGCUACGACUGGAAACCACGAAGCAACAAUCCUAGUGCUCCUAGCUAGGGGGGCAAACAUUGAGACAAGAGACAAAUGGGGAUGUACACCACUGUGUCGUGCUUCUCGGAGGGGCAAUGUGGCAGCCCUUCGGGCGCUUCUGGCUCAUAGAGCGAAUAUAGAGGCGAAAGAUGGAUUGGGUUAUACGCCACUAUCCCAUGCUUCUAAGGGAGGUCACAGAUCAGCAAUGUAUGUGCUUCUUACAAGUGGAGCGAAGAUCGAGGGAAGGGAUAAAUUUGGAUGUACCUCGCUAGCCCGAGCCGCCCAAGGAGGUCAUAAAACAGCAGUCCAGGCGCUGCUGGAUCAAGGAGCCAACAUCGAAACGCAGGACAAACGUGAGUGUACACCAUUGGCCCGUGCUGCCUGGAAUGGCCAUGAAGGAACGAUCCGGCUACUGCUAGAGAAAGGUGAGAACAUUGAGUCACAAGAUAGAAACAAGUCGACACCACUGGCUUUGGCUGCUUCCAAAGGAUACGAGGCAGUAGUCAUCGUACAUCUGGCAAGAGGCGCAAAUUUACAUUCAGAGGAUAAAUUUGGGCGUACGCCAGUAGCUUGUGCUGCCCGUAACAAAAAGGAAGCAGUAUUCCAGCUCCUUCAAGAAAGCGGUGCAGGUUGGGGUAUGGCGAGUCGUGAAAAGAACAUUUCGAGGCUGCGGAGUUUACUGAGAUUUUGA